AUGCUGGAGACCUACAGCAACCUGGUGUUUUUGGGACAAUGCAUUGCCAAACCUGCAGUGAUCUUCAAGUUGGAGCAAGGAGGCGAUCCAUGGACAUUAGAAGAACUUCCCAGCUUGAGCUUCCCAGGAGAGAAGCCCUAUGAGUGUAAACAAUGUAAGAAAACGUUUUCCCGGAAUUCAGACCUCACUGUACACCAGAGGAGUCACAUGGGAGAGAAAUCCUAUGAAAAUAAAAAAUGUGAUAAAAUGUUCUUCAAGAAGUCACAAUUCACUGUGCAUGAGACAAGUCACACUGGAGAGAAAUCGCAAGAGCAUGAAUGUGGGGAAUGUGGAAAAUCUUUCAAUUUCAAGUCAGUCUUUAGUAGACAUUGGAAAAUUCAAACAAGAAAGAAAAAAUAUGAUUGUGAACAAUGUAGAACAAUGUUCUCCCGGAAGUCAGUUCUCACUAGGCAUUGGAGAAUCCACACAGGAGAAACACCCUAUGAAUGUGAACAAUGUGGAAAAACAUUCUCCAGGAAGGGGUACCUAAGUGUACAUAAGAGAACUCACACAGGAGAGAAGCCCUAUGAAUGUGAACAAUGUAAGAAAAGGUUCUCCCAGAAGUCAGUUCUCAUUAGUCAUCAGCGAAUCCACACAGGAGAAACACCCUAUGAAUGUGAACAAUGUAGGAAAAUGUUCUCCCGGAAGUCAGUUCUCACUAGCCAUCGGAGAAUCCACACAGGAGAAAAACCCUAUGAAUGUAAACAAUGUAGGAAAAUGUUCUCCCGGAAGUCAGUUCUCACUAGCCAUCGGAGAAUCCACACAGGAGAAAAACCCUAUGAAUGUAAACAAUGUAGGAAAAUGUUCUCCCGGAAGUCAGUUCUCACUAGCCAUCGGAGAAUCCACACAGGAGAAAAACCCUAUGAAUGUAAACAAUGUAGGAAAAUGUUCUCCCAGAAGUCAUAUCUUAUUGCGCAUCAGAGAACUCAUACAGGAGAAAAACUCUAUGAUUGUGAACAAUGUGGGAAAAGGUUCUCCCGGAAGUCACAUCUCAUUAUGCAUCAGAGAACUCAUACAGGAGAAAAACCCUAUGAAUGUGAACAGUGUGGGAAAACAUUCUCCAGCAAGGGAUACCUAACUGUACAUAAGAGAACUCACACAGGAGAGAAGCCCUAUGAAUGUGAACAAUGUAGGAAAAUGUUCUCUCGGAAGUCAGUUCUCACUAGGCAUCAGAGAAUCCACACAGGAGAAACAUCCUAUGAAUGUGAACAAUGUGGGAAGAGAUUCUACAGCAAGUGGGACCUAACUGAAAAUCAGAGAACUCAACACAGGAGAGGAACCCUAUGAUUGUGAACAAUGUA